AUGGAGUAAAAUUAAUUCUUUGCAUUGAAGAUACCAUUUGUAGAUUAAAAAGUGAAUUAAGAGACAACAAAAGGGGAUACAUAAGUAAAAAAAGAGAAUGCUUGUUUAACAAUAAUUGGAGUAAUUGAUGCAUCAGGAUCAAUGAGCGGAUGUUGGGAAUGGCUUAGUGAUUUUUGGAAUUAAAGUAUACCAAAAGAUAAUUUAAUAACAAUAACUUUUGAUACAAGAUAAAAGAUAUCUGCAGAUGGAGUGUUAUCAAAAAGAAUUAAAGAUCAUGGUGGUGGAGGUACAGAAAUAGUCCCAGCAUUUUAGACAAUGGAAGUUGAAUUAUAAAAGGUUCCAAUAUAAAAUAAUAUAACAAUCAUAUUUAUAAGUGAUGGAUAAGAUAAUAAUGUAAGAACAAUUGAUGAAAGAAUGAAAAAACUAAACGGAAAUUAAUAAAAUAGAAAUAUUAAUUUUAUAUGUUUAGGAGUAGAAUCAGGAUUCCCAACUAAUAUUUCAAUGAACUUAAGAUAAUUGUAUCAUAGAGGAGAUCCAUAGAUCCCUGCUAUAUAUUUGAUUGAACAUGCUUCUGCAUAAGCUUUCUUUAAUAAAUUUGAAACAAUGAAGAAAUACUUUUAUCCUUCUUAAUAAUUAAGAUUAGAUAGAAUGAUUAAUCUUUUUCCUUAUGAUGAAGAUGUCACUGAUGAAGUAUAUGAAGGAUAAUGGAUUAUUACUUAAAAGAAUUAAUUAUAAAUAUUAUUAGAAGAUAAAGAUCCUAUCAUUUUAUAUCCAAUAGCUGAAUCAGAUUUAUAAGUAGAUGAUGUUGUUGAUUUAUUCCGCUCUUGGGUAUAAAAUUUAUAAAUUAGAGCAAUGAGUGGAACUUAAGGAAUCAAAGAUAAAGCUGCUGAUGCAUUAGCUAUUAUGGAAAGAAUGGCUAAUAGAUUAAGUGAUAAAUUUAAUAUGAAUGUCUUAAAUUUUAAUUAAGCUGAAAUUGUUGAUCCCACAUAACCAUUUAAUAUCAGAGCUUAAAGAAAUUAUGUUUAUAAAUAUGGAAAUAAAUUAUUAUUCUUUAUUGAAGAAGCUAGAUAAUUAGCUAAAGGAGUUGAUAUUAAAUAAUUAGGAGAUUUUGAAGCUGCUAAAAAAUUAAACAUUGGUACUAUCACUGGAAAACAUUAAUAAAAAGCUUUAGCACUUAAAGGAAUCACUGUUGAAGAGUUUAGAAAGAUGAGAGAUGAAUUUUAAGAUAUUAUUCUUAAUUGUCAUUUCUAAAAAGAAAAUGAAUAAGGAUAAGAAAGAUCUGUUGUCAGUCUUGAAACUUAAAGAGAUAUUGUAGCUAAUUCAAAAUUAGUUAUUGAAGGAUUAAAAUAUAUUAAAUCUUAAUAUGAUUUUGCUGAAACAUUUCCACUUGUUGGUCAUGGCUUAAAAGUUAAAAGAAACGAUGGAUGCUUUGUUAAUCCAUGGUUGGUUUAAGUUGAAAAUUUUGCAUAACAAAAUAAAGUUAUUGAUUCUGCUUAUUUAAUUAAAAAUAAUUUUAAAGUUGAACUCAAUACUGGAGGAGAUAAAAAAGAAGAAAUUAAUUGUAUUUUACCAUUAUUCCCUUCAUCAGAUUAAGAUCUUUAACCUAUAUUAAGAUCUAGAAUCAUUAAAUUGUUACUUACUUUUAUGGUUUAACAAAAUGUUGAUACAUUCUAUGAAGAAACAUAUUUAGCUCUAUUAGCUAAUGCUCUUAUUUUUAUUUAUAAAUAACCUAAAUCUAAAUGGUAAGAAGAAACCAUUAAUCUAAUAUAUACUACGACAACCAUUGUAUAUUAAGGAACUGAAAAAUUUGAAAAUUAUUUAAAAAAACUUUUAGAAAAUCCAGCUUCAGCUUAUCUUGAAAAAGAGGAAUAAUAUGAAGAUUAUGUAGCCACUUCUAAACCUUUUAUUUCAUUAUUCUAUUUAAUGAUGACUAAAAAUGUUAUUAAAGAUUUUGAUUCUGAAAUUGAAAAAUUAAUCUUAUAUCACUUUAUUAGAGAAUAAUUCAAACAUUAACAAUAAUUAACUUAUUAUCUAAAAUUAAAAUUAGAAAAAUAAGAUGAAGAAGGUUUAUAAAAUUAAUUAAAACAAACUUUUGAAAAGCAUGUUAGUGUUAGACAUUUUAGAUAAUCCAUAACUUAAGAGAUAGAGUAAGUUCUAUUAAGUAGAUUUGAAAAUGAUAAUACUUCUGUUGAUUUUAAUGAGGAUAAAUUAUAUAAUAGAGAUAUGAAACUUACUUUAGAUGUUAUUGAAACAUUUUAUGAAUAAUUUAAAGGAGUUAAAUUUGAUUAAAAGAAAUACAUUCAUUUAAUUUAUCAUGUCAUUAAAACCCCUGAAAAAGAUGUCUUUACAACUAAAGUAAAUUACUAAAAUAUCAAAGAUAUAUAAAAAGAAUUGUUAUAAUAAAAUAAAGGAGACUUAACAAAAGGAACUUAAGCCACUAAAAAUGCUUUAGAAAAAGAGUAUACAGUAUGGUUCAUUUAAAAUCAUAUGAUGGUUAAACCUUUAACUUAUGAGUAAUUACAAUAAGAGUGUUAAGAAAAAGGAAUUGAUGUAAAUACUAUUGCAUAUAAUGUUAAAUCUGGUUUGAGUAGUAAUUGUUGUAUGGCAAAAUAAUGUCCAUUUUAUUUAAUAGUGAAUGGAUUGGAUUAUAAAAAACAUAUUUAAACUUGGGGAAGAAAAGUUCCAUAAGGAUUUCAUUAAUAUGUAAGAUAAGAGAUUUUGAAAGGUCAAAAUCUUGAAUAAAUUAUUUAAUCAGCUUCUUAAAAAUGGAAGAAAUUCCCAAAAUUAUAUUUAGGAAAUGAAGAUGUGGUUCAUUAAUACAUAAAAAUGAUUUCAGAAUAAUUACCUUAAGAAUAUUAAAUAAAGAAUUUACCAAAUCAACAGCUUCUUCACCAUUAAGUUAAAUUAACUUUCCCUAAAAAACAAAAGGUUUAGAAAUAUGGUAAUAAAAGAGGUCAACAAAGAGGUGGUAGAGGAAGAGGUGGAUAACGAGGUAGAGGAGGUAAUAGAGGUAGAGGAGGAAGAGGUUAAAAAAGAGGACCUUGAAUAUUUAAAAUUUAUAAUCAUAUUAUUUAAAAAAUAAU